ACCCGACAAUGCUUUCUACCACCAGCGCUUAACAAAAGUCAUCUAAGAGCUUGUUUCAGAUAUCAAGCAAAGCUAAGAGUGAGGCUGAGGAUAUCAAGUGCUCUUUCUUACAAUCAUCUCAAUGCUGACGACAAAAUUCUUAUACUGGUUUUGAUGGACUUCAUUCUGAAAUUCACCUUCGCGAUUAGUUCAAGAUGCUUGCAAUAAGACAGCUCAAAAGAGGACCAGAUCUCCCUUUUGUCUUGUGUUUCAUGGUUGCUAAUUGCAACUAUGGCACAGCUCAAGUUUUCAAUAACAGAAGUCACCAAUCUAUUGUUAAGUCUGUUGGCCCUUAUUUAUCUAACUCAAGUUUACAAGCAUUUCUUCUGGGACUAGAGGAUCGAUUCACCCUUCAAGGACUAUGUUUCUCAACUAUGGCUGAAAGAAUCCUGGUCCAGGCUAAAGACCCAGCCAAAGUUAGUAUGGAAAUAGAAAAUGGUAUCGAUGGGAAUCAAUUAGAUUAUUCAUGGAAGUUAUUUGAGCAGCAUUUACACAUGGAGGGAUUUCCCAGAAAAUCUGUCGUCAACAAGCUUGUAACAAGUUAUGUGGAUAGUCUUGAUGUACAAUGGUUAGGAAAAGCUUAUGAAUUGGUAGAACAUGCUAUUGUUGAAGGUAAACAAGACUUGUUAGAAAAGGAGGUGCUUAUCUACCUUAGCUUUGGCCUUGCGAAAGCCAGACUACCGGUUCCUGCAUCAACCAUUUUAAGAAAGAUGAUAGAUAUGGAGCAUUUUCCCCCAGUCACUGCUUGGUCUGCAGUUUUGGCCCACAUGUCACAAACAGCAGAUGGAAGUUACCUUGCUGCUGAGUUGAUUCUUGAAAUAGGUUAUUUGUUUCAAAACAAUAGAGUGGAUCCGCGUAAAAAGAGCAAUGCACCUUUGAUAGCCAUGAAGCCAAACACGGCUGCUUUUAACAUUGCUUUGGCAGGUUGUCUUUUAUUUGAGACAACUAGGAAGGCAGAGCAACUUCUUGAUAUGAUGCCUCGAAUUGGUGUCAAAGCUGAUGCAAACUUACUGAUAAUAAUGGCACGUGUAUAUGAGAGAAAUGGGCGAAGAGAAGAGCUUAAGAAGCUGCAAAGGCACAUAGAAGACGCUCCAAAUCUAACUGAUAUACAGAUCCGUCAGUUCUAUAAUUGUCUUCUCACAUGCCAUUUGAAAUUUGGGGAUCUAGAUUCUGCAUCAAGCAUGGUUUUGGAAAUGCUUAGGAAAGCAAAGGAAGCAAGAAAUUCUCUUGCAGCAGCCAAAUUUAUGAUUGGUGCAGCUGAAAUUGAUCAUAACUAUUAUCCUGGACCGGAUUCCGUACAUAGUUUGAGCAGCAGCAAAGAUUCAGAUAGUUUAGAAAAUAACAAGCCAAUAAAAAAUGCUGUCUUAUCUUAUGAGGAGUUCUCUAAAGAUCGAAAUUUCUUAAAACUUGAAGCAGAGUCUAAUGCUGCUCUUGGUUCUUUAUUAGCUAAGUUGCAGAUGCAGGUUGACUUGAUUACCACCAAACAUGGUAUACUGCAACCAACUGAAACAAUUUAUGUGAAAUUAGUUAAAGCUUUUCUAGAGGCUGGCAAGACCAAGGAUUUGGCAGUGUUUCUUCUCAAGGCAGAAAGAGAAGAUUCCCCAUUUUCCAAUGACAAUUCUGCUUUGGUUCAUGUUAUUAAUUCGUGCAUUUCAUUUGGAUGGUUGGAUCAAGCACAUGAUCUCCUUGAUGAGAUGCGUCUUGCUGGAGUUAGAACUGGUUCAUCUGUAUAUGCCUCUCUUUUGAAAGCAUAUUGUCGAGCUAAUAGGGCUGCAGAUGUCACUUCACUUUUGAGAGACGCUAGGAAGGCUGGUAUACAGCUUGACUCAAGCUCUUAUGAGGCAAUGAUCCAAUCCAGGGUGCUCCAGCAAGAUACACAGGGAGCACUCCAACUAUUUACAGAGAUGAAAGAGGCUAGGAUUCCAAAACUCAGUCAACAAGACUAUGGCAUGAUGGCUAAAAGUGGUCCAGAGACAGAUGAAGCUGGGCUGAUGGCAAAGCUGUUGCAGGAAAUCAAGGAAGGACAGAGUGUGGAUCAUGGAGUUCAUGACUGGAAUAACGUAAUCCACUUUUUUUGUAAGAAGAGACUGAUGCAAGAUGCAGAAAAGGCUCUAAAGAAGAUGAGAAGCUUAGGCCACUCACCAAAUGCACAAACUUUCCAUUCUAUGGUCACUGGGUAUGCUGCCAUUGGAGGGAAAUAUCUGGAAGUAACAGAGCUGUGGGGUGAGAUGAAAUCUCUUGCUUCUUCAAUCUCCAUGAAGUUUGAUCAGGAACUUCUCGAUUCUGUGCUAUAUACAUUUGUGAGGGGUGGAUUCUUCAUUCGAGCCAAUGAAGUUGUGGUGAUGAUGGAAAAAGGAAAUAUGUUUGUUGACAAAUACAAGUACCGAAUGCUAUUCUUAAAAUAUCAUAAGACACUUUACAAAGGCAAGGCUCCGAAAUUUCAGACAGAAUCCCAAAUAAACAAAAGGGAAGCAGCCCUGGCUUUUAAAAGGUGGAUAGGCUUGACUUGAGAAAGUUUCAGCCAAGUAUUAGCUCUUUCAAAUUUCAAGCCAUCAUCUUCUUUACUUUGGGCUGUUGAAUUUCUAUUUUCUCUCCUUUUCUCAUUUAGAUUUAUAGAGUAAACACUAAUGUACUACCAACGUACA